AUGUGUUUUCAGUAUUCAGUCACUGCUCUAGGUUUAAUCUGGACAUUCAUUCUGCUGUUGCUGGAGACUUUUUGAACUGAACAUGUAUAGUCCACCAGUGGAUCUUUCUUUUAAAAAUCUCAGCAAUGUUGCAGGUGCAUUGGCAGAGCUGCCCCGAAGUCUGCUCCGCCCUUUAACCACAAACUCAAAGGGGAAGUACCUGAGCUGCUCUCUGCGUCUCAGUAAUAACAGCCUCACCGACGUUGUUGGCCUCCAGUACACGAUCAACCACUUUUUUGCACAACCAUCAAAGCUUGGAUGGUUGGAUCUGUCCUUCAACAAAAUCACCUGCAUAGAACCUGUUUUGUGUGAGCUGAAAGAACUGCGUGUGCUGUAUCUUCAUGGCAACAGCAUCUGGAACCUGUCAGAAGUGGACAAGCUGAGAGAGCUCCAGCAUCUGCACACAAUCACAUUGCAUGGCAAUCUCAUAGAAACAAGCAAAGGCUACAGGAAUUACGUGAUUUCUGUAUUGCCUCAGCUGAAGACGAUGGACUUCAGCGGUGUGACACGAGAUGAGCGGGUCAUGGCAGAUAUCUGGCGUUCUCACGGCACCAAAAAAAACCCCCGAGACCAUUAAGUGUUUCUGCUGAAUAAAAAUGGUUGUCCUCUCGUCA